AUGGCAUUUUCUUCAGGUCCACGGCGGGCUUGCAAGCUAUGUCGCCGCCGCAAGGUCAAGGUUUGUAAUGCCGAGGUUCCGUCCUCGUGUGAUGGGUGUCCGACUUGCAAUAAUUGUCGAGCCGCAGGGACACCUUGUCAGUAUGCCUCUCCGAGGAAAAGAGGUCCCAAGCCUGUUCGAUACUGCGGUAGUAUCUCAGACGAUGCCCCAACUCCAAUAUCACCUGUCACCAAUGCGUCCGAGAUCCAGGACGAUCCGUCACUCCCCUCUCCAGCGACCUGCCUAGAACCAACCAUAGCUGUGGGCCAGGCCCAGCACAGCGAUAUCAGCAGCAUCCAAGGGAUACAAGUGUCAGAGAAUCAGACUGAAGCUGCUGUCAGAACCUAUCUUGACUUCCUGGUAGGGCUGCAAACUCUUGCGUCAGAUGAGUCCCCGGCAUCGAUUGCCAAUCGCUGCAUCUUCCUAUACACUCGUUAUGUGUUCGGUUCUGUUCCUCUUUGCCACGAAGCCUCACUGCGAGCAACAGUCAGUCGAUUCUUUAACACACAACAACACUCGCCUUCCGACACUUACAGCUGGGCAAUAACCUGCUUCUCACCUGAAGAUUGGCAUAGUGAGAUUGAGAACCUCAGGAGCCUGACACUUCUCCUAGCCCUGUGUGCGGCGGUGUCAUAUGCUGUUCCCGAGUCUCUGUUACCCACCAAGUAUCUUGCAGCGCCACUAUUCCUCAAAACAACGCGAGAGCUGCUUCAUAUCUACCAUGACUACGAUCUCGAGCACCCUGACUCCUCGUCGCUCAUUAUUCGCAUGUUCUUGUCAUCGGCUAUACAAACUUCUACGGGCACCAACGGUGUGGCCUUCCAUAUCUUGAGCGAAGCGGGCCUAAUUGCAAUGAGAAUGCGUCUCUAUUGUGAGACCUCUCUUGAGGGAAGAGACCCGAUCGAGCAGCAAAUCCUCCGAAAUGCGUUCUGGCAAUUAUACUUGUGUGACAAGACGGCUUUGGUAAUGGGAGGCCGUCCCGUCUCAAUCCACGAAACUUUGUUCGACACCCAGCUAAGUCUAAAGUCAACUUCAUCAAGCCCAGUAACGCUUUUUGAACAUGGUCCAGAGUUCAACGGCACCGAGAUAGAAGGUCGACUCUUGGAGGGUUUCCAUAUCAUACGUCGUCUAUGGGCCAUGGCUGCACGACUCAUCCGAGGGAUGGAGUCAAGAUCUACCGGACAUACAGAUAAAUUCACGGAGCUUUACCAAGAAGACAUGGCUGAGCUAUCCAAAGCAUACUUCGAGAUCAUCACACUAACAAACUGUUUUCCUUGCUGGGAUCUGUCGCCGGCCGUAUUGUCACCCGACAGCGCUCGGCGAGAGAUAGAAACAGGCUUCGAUGACCUCCUGCAGCGGCAAAAGACCAGCUAUCUCAUUUCUUUACAUUCGAUUAAGCUCUUUGUGUUAAACUCUGCUAUUUCAUGCCAUAUGACCCAGAUACUGGGCCUUAGUGCAGAACCUCUUUCUCUCGCAAUGAGACUAAUAGAGCUGGCUCAAGAUUUCUUCAACGUUCUCGAAACCAUUCCAUUCCUUCAUCUACAGGUAGAGGGGGAGCAAUGCGUAAGUGAUAACUAUUGA